GUGAUUGCUUUACUUGUAUUUUUGUCUUCUUUUCUUUCCAAACUUUGUUAUGAACUUUCGUGUGUGUUCUGUUUGAUUGUUGUACAAUGUUUUCCGGUUAUGACCAUCUAUUACUGUUCAGAAGCUUCCAGUUGAGCUUGCCUUCAUGCUUUACUGAGCACUGUGCAUAUGGCAUAUCUCUACAUUCUAUAUUUGAGAAAUGAUGUACUAUCCCAGGCAGGCAGGCAGGCAUAUCCACAUCUGCAUCCUGUUGUCGUAGCUGCACUUGCACCUGUUUUUUUUUUUCUCUUUUGCAGGAACAUUUUGACAUCUCUAUAGUAGUCUAUAUGUGUGAAUUAUUACGACACCAGGUUGUUCAGAUGCAGUCCUAUCCAAACCUCAGUUGCAUGCUCAAUCUUUGGUGGAUCAGCGAUAUGGUGCUCUUUUGACUGUGAAUCAAUAUAAUAACAGUGGAAUAGCUAGCGCCAUUUAUAUGACCCAUUCUAGGACCUCGCAAAUCCAUGAUGAGCUGGAAAAAAUAAGGUUUGAGCUUCAUCAUGUCCAAGAAAUGUUUAAGCUGGUCCAGGAGCAAUCUGAUCCUUCCAGCAAGAAAUCUGAGCUCAGCAAUCACAAAGAUGAGCUUGAAUUGGUGACUACAGAAGGUAAAGCUAGAGAACCUCUAAAAUAUGAGAAGAAAAAACAUGAAGCUGCUGACGAGGAAGCUGAAUUUGUGAAGGUAUGCUUAGAAAGCGAGCUCGUUCCGAAGAAAGAGGCUGUAGUUAUAGCAUCAUACAAAGCAAAGGAGAAACAUAAGCUGGAAAAUGCAUGUGCUUACUUGGAUAACCAGUUUGAGAAAUUUGGAUGGGAAGAAAUAAGUUCCGCAACUUCGUCAUUGUCCGACACACUUAGGGUUGGAGAGGGGGCCUUUGGAUAUGUUUACAAGUGCACUUUGCGUCAUGACAGUGGCUGUGAAAGUGUUGAAAGCAAUUGGCAUCCAGAAAGACAAGCAAUUCCUACGGUGAGCUUGAGAUACUGAACAGUAUCCGGCAUCCCCAUUUGCUGAUGCUUAUUGGUGCCUGUCCUGAGCAUGGUUGCUUGGUUUAUGAGUAUAUGGAACAUGGCUGCUCGAUCACAACCUUGUUAGUAAGAUUGGAGACGUGGGUCUCUGUACGCUCAUUCCAACAGGUCAUUCCACCAUGGCUACGGUCUACAAAUUUGCUGUUGCCGAAUAAGAAUCUCGUUCCUAACCGGGCUCUCUCUUCUGCAAUUUCAGAGUGGAAGUCCAUAAACCACUGAGACCUCUCAUUUCAUAAUAUCCGAAAAAUGAUGCCCGUUCGACUUCGCAAAUAUUCUUAUGUUGAAGUGUCUCACGGAAGGGCAGCAGAGGAACCCAUCUCUGUCAUCGGGUUCAGAACUGGCCGGGUUCUGGUUUUUUGUGAACCAAACCCCGAUUUUAUCCUGGUAAGGGCUGAUAUUCACUGCUAUGCUUUCGAGGAUUUCAAAUCCUUGUUUUCCAUAGAUCUGAAAUCCAGUAUCUGUUCGGGCCCCUAAAAGGGAUUUCAGAUCUCAGACCAGCCUCAUAUGUGAGACCCGAGACUGUCAAGCACACCAAAGCCAUACGAAAAGAAACAAUCUUUUUUCCCCCUCCUGUCGUUUAUGUUUGUUGCCUAUAUAUAUAUAUAUAUAUAUAUAUAUGAUGGAACAAGAAGAUAUUCUUGCUUAGCAAGAUGGGGGAGACGCAAGCAUCCAAAUUUGGACCAACCAAUUUGUUAGACGGGCAAGAACCAAUAGUCCAAGGCAAUUAUUGGGGCUGACUCGAUGCCUCGUUUCCUACCUCUUCCUUCCCUCAAUCAGCUAUAUAUAUAUAUAUAUGCACGCAAAGGUGUAGUUCAAUCCCGAAGCGGUCGACGGAGGCAGGCGUAGCCAGUA